UGUAAUGCAGGUCAGGUGUUAAAAAUAACCAUUAAGUAACACCCCGCCCCCAAUACCAUGUGCAACCUCAUUUACCGACCGACAACAGCAGACACACAACAGACACGCAACGUUUCAACACAUGGAGUUACAAAACACAAAAUUUUAAAGACAAGCAGAAACAUCUCCAACCUCUGACUUUCACCCCUCUUGUCGUCAUGGCGGCGGCUCAUAUCUCCCGAUCAGGUUCAACUCUUGGACUCGAAGACUAUUCUCUUUACAGUAACUUCAGCGAUGAUGAGCUGUUGCAGCUCGCCAUCGAACGCAGUCUCACCGAGUCCCAGUGCACGCCUGCACAGCAAGACAACUACAGCAGCCUGAACCGUCCUGCACCGAAACACAUCUCCCAGAAUCCACCUGCAAACCUCAGCUCCCAGAAUCCACCUGUAAUCCACAGCUGCCAGAAUCCCCCUGUAAGACACAGUUCACAUAAUCCACCUCCAAGCGGCAGUUCAAAUACUUCACUUGAACCACAAACCACCGCUCACUACAGUUCUCCAAACCCUCCGAGUCAAAAGCCUCCAGAUCCGAAGACCUUCAAAGGGACAAUCAGUCGCUUCAUGACAGGCUCUGGGAAGCGAAUGGUAGCAUAUCGAGCACCUGAUGGCAGUCUGGUCCACAUCGGUCCGGAACCUGACGAGGAGGAGGAGCCUCUCUUCAAGUCCAUUCGACUGGGAGAAGUGAGCAGAGUCAAAGCCUUGGCGUCACGUCCAGGUACAAACCUCAUGCUGCCCAGUAGACCGGGCUGGCUCGCCAUCCACCAGGCGGCGUGGUUCGGCCAGGAGGCGUGUCUGAGGGUGCUGCUGUCAGCUCAGCCUGGGAUGAUCAACAAACGAACAGCACAAGGUCAGACACCGCUGCUGAUCGCCGCCAGCAGAGAUCACCUGAGCUGUGUUCAGGUGUUGCUGCAAAACGGAGCGGAUCCUGAAAUCAUGAAUUAUGAAAAAGAAACUCCACUCUAUAAAGCCUGUGAGAAGAUCAACGCUGCGACUGUGGCUGUGCUUUUGAACCAUGGAGCACAGGUGAACACUCACUGUAUCCAGGGUUGGACAGCCCUGCAGGAAGCUGUGGGUCGGAAUAGUGUGGAAAUCUGUGAAAUGCUGUUGAAGGCUGGAGCUAAACACAACCUGACCAACAUGUAUGGCAUCACCCCUCUGUUCACUGCUGCUCAAAGUGGGCAGAUUGCAACGCUGCGCUUACUCCUCAAACACGGUGCAGAUAUUAACUCUCAGGCUGCUGAUGGAGCUACAGCAUUGUAUGAAGCUGCUAAAAAUGGACAUGAGGGCAUUGUGGAGCUCCUCGUCUCACAAAAUGCAGAUGCCAACAAACCUGGAAAAACCGGAUUAUUGCCGCUUCACAUUGCAGCCCAGAGAGGAAGUGAAACCAUCGUGUCUCUGCUGAUGCCCGUUACCAGUAAGGCCCGAGUCCGCCGGACCGGUAUCAGCCCACUACACCUGGCAGCUGAACGUAACCGUGACGAAAUCUUGGAGAUGCUGAUCAAAGCAGGCUUCGAUGUGAAUGCUCAGCUGUCUGAAGAACGCACUAAACUGUAUGAGGACCGUCGCAGUACAGCCCUCUACUUCUCCGUCAUCAACAACAACAUUGAUGCUGUUGAGAUGCUCCUGCAGGCUGGCGCCGAUCCAAACCUGGAUGUGUUCAGGCCGCUGAUGGUAGCAGCGAGGCAUGGCUGCAUCAAGACCGUCACACUGUUGGUAGAGCACGGUGCAGACAUCAACGCUUCCAUCCCCACCCACCCCACUACCUUCCCUGCUGUGUACAUGUUCUCCAUGAAGUACCUGCCCAUGUUCAAAUACUUUCUGGACCAUGGGGGCCAAGCCAUGCCCUGCUUCAGCUGCAUCUACGGCACUGGGCCACAUCCACCAAUCAAAACCCAGCGAUCAGAGAGAGAAAGCCGCAACUUCGACAGAGAUGAGUCAGAGUUCGACCACAAGAGACCUGUUCAGUUCUGUGAGAUGAUCUCUGCCCCCAGCAUAUGCCGGUGGGCUGGGCCAAUCAUCGAUGUCUUGCUGGACUACGUAGGUAAUGUAACACUGUGUUCCAGACUAAUGGAGCACCUGGAUAGCUACUCUGGAUGGAGCAUCAUCAAGGAUAAGGCAGCGCCUCCUCGACCGCUGAUGCAGUUGUGUCGGCUUCAGAUCCUGAAUCUGGUCGGAUAUCGCCGGCUGAAGAGGCUUCCACUGCCUGGAGGUCUGAUCCGAUUCCUCCAACACAAGGAGUUUCUGGAGGAUGACCAGUCUGACUCAUUAUUUUAAUACUGAUAGGUUUUUAAAAGCUGAUGGACAUGCAGAUGUGGGAGAAACUAUUCAAAUAAUAGAAAUCAGCACAUGGACUCAGAACUGUUUAAUGCAUUGAUAAUAAUAGUCUUAGUAAGAGGUCGACUGAUUAGUCAUUUUAGGCACAUGUGGAUGGGUCAAACUGCAUCUGUUAACUCUUCUUUUGUCACUUUCACUGGACUUGAAAUGCUCUUGACGUGUUAUGAUCUUUUUAUUUUAGGACUGUUUUAACUCAGUCAUCUUCAGUGUGUGAGCAAUUCAGACUUAGAUUGCCUGUAGAUUUGACAAAAUAAGGCUGUAUUUGCAAAUUUUAAGGUUAUUUAGUUUAGUCUCUAGGUAGUCUGUUUAUUCUCUACACUCACUCGCCUUAAAAAUCACCUCCUUCUGUUGUAUCCUCCUCCUACUGGGGUGGAUUCAUCUGAUAGGUGAAUUAACAUUUAUUUCAUCACCAUGCUAGGUGGUGAAUGAGUUUUUAUUCAGUGUCAGAUGAUGAACUCACAUGGUUCAUUUUCUUUUUUUUUUUUUUUUUUAAGUCCAAUCCCACAGUAUCAUGUUCUCUGGAAAUAACUUAACUUCUUAAUGUAGUGAAUAAUGAGUGUUUUGUAUUUAUUGUACAGUACCGAGAUUUUGUAUUGUGCGUGAAAGCUAGAAUGUAGUCAUUUGGAAAGAAAAGACAGCGCUCAGACUAAUCAGAGUUAAAUAGGUGGAUAUAAUAUUAAGAGAAAUACCUUAAAUCUACUUCAAAUACUGGUAUGAAUAUCUUUCUCUUAAAUUUACUUUCAUUCAUACAAGGUUAGUGUUUUCAAUGUGGUUGCAUUUGCCCCUGUUUAUAUGUAAAAUGUGGUUUAUUUCAAAAGUUGUGUAAGUUUGACUUUUUGCAAAUAUGAUGAAGGUCGUGGCAAAUAAUAUGAGCAGAUAUGGUCCGAAAAUUUCUAAGAUAACAGGUUAUCAUAGCAAAUUGCUAUCAGACAUCAAUGAAUUGUCCUCCAUUUAUAAGUUGUGGUAAUAUUGAUAUCAGCUUUUUCUUACAAACUAUGGUAAAUGAGCCUUUAAAAAGCUGUUAUCAGUCGACCUGUUGUAUUAAUAAUGACACAUUGUUUGUUCUGUUAUGUGAAACCUUAGUUGUCACUUUCUUGUGUUAUUUAUUUUCAUCAAAUUCAGUGAUGUUGCAGCACAUCUUGAGGCUAUUCAGGUAAAUCUGUAAAUACUGUUUGGCUUGGAUAUUCCUGCACAGAUAUCUCACACUUCUUCUUAAGUCAAAUAAAAA